GUGUUCUGUUUCCCAAGAACCUUCAUUCCAAACUGCGUUCUCAUCCGCUUCUGGAGAUAAGCCUCUUGUUGGAGAGGCAACUGAGGCGGAUGCUAUUGAGGUCAAUACAUGUGAAGUUACAUCCCCAGUAUCCAAAGUCUCUCCCCCAUGGACACACCUAACCUUGUAGAAGACAGUUUGUCUGGGUUGGAGAAGAGUCUAUGCCACAGGAACCUCCUUCGUCAUCUAUUAUUGAUCCCAUGCUACAAGCCGGAGAGGACACUAUUGGUGGGUCGGAAGAUGCGAAAGCGGAGGAAGUCGUAACAAAAAAGAAAACGGCGAAAUUAAAAAAGGUCUACCUAUUCAUGUCGUCUUAUUUUAGCCUAGUACAUAUAUAGGGGCUACCGCAUUUUUACCUAUAUUAGGCUGGGCGUGGCGUGAAGCCAACAAACGUAGGGCAACCAGACGGCUUCCAACGCUACAGCAAACGGCUGCGUAAUAGUCCCGACAGAUACACGCCCACAUAAGCACCUCGUAAAGACCCCGUAAGCAAGAAGACUACCGAAGGCCCCCGUAAGCAAGAAGCCCUCAAAAGACCUCGUCGUGCAAUGAAGGAGAAGGAGGCGGUAUCCGCUGUGAAGUCAACUAUUCCGAUAACGGAAACAACUAGAUUUGUUGGGGGUUUUACACCAUUGCUCCCACCAACUCCUACUAGACGCGCUGCAUUCCUGCGGGCAAUUCAAAAUGCUAAGAAUCUCCCCGCUACUGAAGCUGAUGCCUUCCAAAUGGACACUUUGAUGACUGUUUUCGAGUGCAGUAGGGUGGUUUCUCAGGAGGCGAUUGACCGUGUGGUUGCUUACAUCCGCAAGCGCAGGGAAGGGCUUCCAUCGUGUAGAUUUGACUUUCUCGACUCUGCAUUCUUUUCUGAGCUCCUUCGUAACUUCCCCGACUUUAAUGCAUGUCCAUCUAAGGAUUCAUUCUCGUUUUCCCCAUCUUUGAGGGAACAGUUUAUCCACCGUCCGCAAUGGUUUACGCAUGUUGAUAUCCUCUACAUUCCGGUGGUAGUAGGAGACGGCCAUUGGGUUGGCAUUAUUGUUGAUUUGAAUAUGUGGUCGAUGUAUGUUGUCGAAGGUAACUCCGCUUGUCCAUCUGUGUUUGCUCUCACUUCUGUCAUAACACCAAUCUCCAUUAUGCUACCGCACCUAAUCGGCUGUUACUGUAUGACUGACAAUGCGCAACAACUCCAUUACGCGCCCCUGACUAUGUCUCGGUUGGAGAUUCCUUGUCUUGUGGAGCAUCCAGGUUGUUCGUCGGUGGUGGCCCUUAUGUUUUUAGAAUUGCAUGCUAUAGGCAAAGAAUUGAAUAGUGUGUACUUCAAUGAAGAACAUGUGCGGACUGCUGCAGAGAAUUACGCCAUUGAAACACUGCAAAUGUGUCAGCCCGGAUCAGUUCCUCCUGCUGAGUAUCUUGCCAUGUCUGCUUUAUGUGUCUGUUGUCACAUUUUCUUUCUCGUUUUAGCUACAUAAGUCUUAUUACUUAACGGCCUUGUUAUGUAUCUUUAUUCGACUCCACUUAUCCACUCUUGUUUCAGUUUCGGUGGUAGCUUGUUUGACUGGAAAACUAUUUCAUUAACUAAGUAACUAUUCUAUCUCUUGUUA